UUUCAACUCAAAAACCGUUGGCUGUCUUUUUCACCUCCAGGUACCGUGCUAUUAGCUAACGAUGGAGAGAGGAUUCAACUUCAAGCUGUUGGUGCCUCCUAGAGUCAACCCAAUCCCAGGACAGGUUUCUACCGUCAAACCACAAGAAAUAGUGGAGGAUGGGGGAUGUUUCAUGCAAACUUUGCAGCAGACCAAUUGCAAACCCAGUCAGCUGUAUUCAAAACUGUUUGAAGAAGUUCAGAAAGUAAAGUAUUGGAAAGUCAAAGUGGACUCAGAGGCUGUGCAAAAAGACAGGAAGCUGCAAGAAAACAAAAGAACAAUUGAAACCCAACGUAAAGCCAUUCAGGAAUUGCAGUUCGGAAAUGAAAGCCUCAGCAUAAAACUAGAGGAUCAGAUCAGUGAGAAUGAUGAUCUGCAGAACAAAAACAAUGCUACACGGAACCUAUGUAAUAUACUAAAGGAUACGUUUGAAAGAUCAGCUGAGAAAAUCCAUCUAUUUGAAUCUGAAAGAGAGGAAACCCAUCACUUGUUCAUGGAAAACAGUGAAACUAUUCAGAGGAUGAAUGCUGCCUUUGAAAGCCUACGUAUUCAAGCAGAAACUGACCGCCAUGAAAUGCUGAAAGUUAAAGAGGAAUUGGAAGAAUUUGCCGUUUUAAAGGAGAAGUUUGAGAAAGAAUUCAGUAUGAAAGAAGAAGAGGUUGUGAUACUUCAGAUGAAAAUGAAGGACAAAGAAAAAGAACUUCAGGCAAUCCUGCUCAACCUCCAUGAAACCCGAGAGAGUUGCAAACGGUUACAACAGGCAGCACAACAACACCAGGAAGCCCUUCAACGUUCCAAACAAGAACAAGAAUCUCUGUUAGAAAGUCUGCAAAAUGCAGAACAGCUCAAUGAAGAAUGUGAGGAAAGUAGAAAAGCUAUUGCUACAGCAUUAGAGAGAAACAAAGAGGAGAAUGCAAAGGUUAUUGCCAAGAAAGACUCAAGCUUGGAAGAGCUCAACAAAAUAAAAGAUCAACAAGCAGACAAGCUUGUACAGAUUCAGGCCACAGCCCAGGAAUUUCAGACAUCAUUAACAGUUGAGAUACAGAGGGCAAAAGAACUUGAACUGAAGCUUACGGCAGUCACAGAGGAACUUGACAGGAAAAACCUUGAAUUAGGAGAGAUCAAAGAACAGAAAGAAAAGAAAGACAGCCAACUACAAAUCCUUGAAGAUGAAUUGGAUGUCAAAAAUAAAUCCAUACAGUCACUAGAGGAAACAAUUAAAGUUGUGGAGACCAGAACAUCAGAACUCACCACAGAGCUUGAGGGGAAACAUGCUGAAAUUCACCAAGUUAAGAAUAAAGUGGAAACCAUGUCUGUUGAAAACAUUUUACUGGAAAAGGCUCUUGGAAAUGCUGAAACGAUGCAAAACGACUUGAAAGAAAAAGCCAAUAUGACUGAGAGGAAAAUAAAAGAGAUUGAGGGGCAGUUAUCUGCUGCAAUGAGAAGAGAUGAAAAAUCCAUCAAGGAGAAAGAGAAUCUAAAGACAGACAUUGUACAGCAUGAGGUGAAGUAUAAGGAGCUAUUAGCACGUUUCAAUCAGCUGCAGCUUGAGAAGAAGACUAUUCUGGAGCAGAUUCAGAAUGAAUCCUCAGAGGCAAACAUUCUGGUAGCACAACUUAAGGAGAGUGAGGCAAAAGAGAUGAAGAUGAAGAAGGAAAUUGAAAGACUCCAAGAAGAAAACCACCAAUUACGAGAGGAAUUGAAAUCCUUAAAUGCCAAAGUUGAAGAGCAAGGCCAAGACACUGAGAAUCUGCAGAAGAAACUUGAAGAAAGUUGUGGAGAUCUGCUGGCCGAGCUCUCAAAGAAAGAUAAACAAAUGAAAACAGUGGAGUCAAAGCUGUCCAACCUGAAGAUAAAAUUAGAGAGUAAAACUAAAGUCCAGGACGAAUACCAAAAAGAGAACAAAAUGUUGAAGAAACAAAUUGCAAUUGAGACAGCGAAAUCCAGUGAACUUGAAAAUGAGAUAAACAAAUUGAAAGAGGAGUCAGAAAAUGUUCAACGAUCAAAUGAAGAGGAAUGUAAAAAUUUGCUUGAUGACCUUGAAACCAAAGCAACAUCUGAGGCAGAGCUUCAGAAAAAGGUGCAAAAGCUACAUCUUACAGCAACAGAUGCCGUCAAGAGUAAGGAAGAUACUGAAAUCAAAUGUCAGAACAAGAUAGCAGACAUGGUUGCCUUGAUGGAAAAGCACAAGAACCAGUAUGACAAAAUGGUUGACGAGAAAGAUGCAGAGCUUGAUGAGAAGAAGAGGAAAGACAUGGAGGCAACUGCUAAUAGAACAUCACUGGAAUUGGCACUGUCACAGCAGAACAUUGAGAAUGACCGUUUGAAGGAACAACUAAAGAAAGAAAUGAACGAGAGGGAAAGCUUACUACAAGAGAUUACAGCCCUGAAAAAAGAAAAGAAAAUGAGCAGGCAACUGGAGACACAGGAUGAACAGCUGCCGGAGCCAAAGUCCAAAGAAGUUAGGUGUUCUGAAACACCCAAAGUAUACUCCUCUGCCAAGAUGCCUAUGUUCCGUUUGGCAAAGGACAGUCAGAGAAAGACAAAAACUCUGAAAGCCUCUGUAACCCCAUCCCAAACCUCAGAGAAAAUAGUUGUAUUGACUCCAAACAUUAAUGAAAUGGAAAACGAAGCCCCAAAAACUCCAUCUUGGAGCUCCAUGACGAGAGUUGCAGCAACACCACGAAUUAAGGAAACCGAAGCUCUCAGAACUCCAUCUUGGAGCUCCACCAAUAUAGUUAGUGCAACACCACGGAUUAAGUCUUACAGAAUCAGAACUCCUCCCUCCACUGGGAAGUCUGUGCCCUGGGGGAUGAGCACCCUGGAGCUUGACCCCAAGUCUGACAGCUCGGAACAUAAUGAUUUAUUGAGCAUUGCAGUUGCAACUGAUCCAUUCAAGAGCCGCCUGCAGUCAAGUGUCCCAGCAGCACAGAAUCAGAAAGUGGACAUAUUCAGGAAGAUCCAGAGCCCUGCCAUUCAGAAAUCACCUGGGAGUACUUUAAAGCUCGCCGCAAUGAAAAGGAUGCGGGAUGCUGGUUGGACAUCUGUCACUGGUGCUGAAAAGAAGAAGAAAAAAACAGUUGAAAAGAUCUUUGCAUAAAAAGCAAGUGCUGUGCUUUUCAAGAUAGACCGUUUUCUGUGUGUCUGACAAAUCUGAAAACGGUCUAUGCUAUUUUCAUUACACCACUGCUCUCAAGUUCAGUCAUGUCUAUAGUUGUCUGAUGCUGGGAAAGCUGUUGACCGAAAUAGGAAUUUCAAAUGCAAGUCAAACAAAUUUGAAAUUAAAUAAGUAUGUUAUAUUGUUCCUGUUUAGCAACAUACUCACAUUAUUAAUGGCAAAUAUGUAAAAUGCUUGUUGUUUUGAGCAAACUUGCUUCCUUUGACUCUAUUCAACAUUAAUAAGUUCAUGUUUUCAUGAAAUUUAAUGUAUUUGUUUGUAACAUUGUUUUUGCUUGUGGUUUUUAUGAACCUAUACACUAUAUAUACAAAUGUAUGUGGACACCCCUUCAAAUUAGUGGAUUUGGCUACCACCGAGUGCUGAAGCGCGUAAAAAUCGCCUGUCCUCGUUUGCAACACUCACUACAGAGUUUCAAACUGUGCUUCUGGAAGCAACUUCAGCACAAUAACUGUUCGUCGGGAGCUUCAUGAAAUGGGUUUCCAUUGCCGAGCAGCCUAACACAUGCCCAAGAUCACCAAACGCAAUGCAGUCCGAUGGACAAAUCUGGGUUUGGUGGAUGCCAGGAGAAUUUUUUAUUUUAUUACCUUUAUUUUACUAGGCAAGUCAGUUAAGAACAAAUUCUUAUUUUCAAUGACGGCCUAGGAACAGUGGGUUAACUGCCUGUUCAGGGGCAGAACGACAGAUUUUGUACCUUGUCAGCUUGGGGAUUUGAACUUGCAACCUUUCGGCUCUAACCACUAGGCUACACUGCCGGCCGAAUGCUACCUGCCUGAAUGCAUAGUUUGGUGGAGGAGGAAUAAUGGUCUGGGGCUGUUUUUCAUGGUUCGGGCUAGGCCCCUUUGUUCCAAUGAAGGGAAAUUUUAACGCUACAUCAUACAAUGACAUUCUAGACAAGUCUGUGCUUCCCAACUUUGUGGCAACAGUUUGGGGAAGGCCCUUUCAAGUUUCAGCAGGACAAUGCCCCUGUGCACAAAGCAAGGUCCAUACAGAAAUUAUUUGUCAAGAUCAUGUGGAAGAACAUGACUGGCCUGCACAGAGCCCUGACCUCAACCUCAUUGAACACCUUUGGGAUAAAUUGGAAUGCUGACUGUGAGCCAGGCCUAAUCGCCCAAUGUCAGUGUUUGACCUCACGUGCUCUUGUGGCUGACUGGAAGUAAGUCCCUGCAGCAAUGUUCCAACAUCUAGUGGAAAGACUUCCCAGAAGAGUGAAGGCUGAUAUAGCGGCAAAAGGGGGACCAAAUCCAUAUUAAUGUCCAUGAUUUUAUAAUAAGAUGUUCCACGAGCAGGUGUCAUAUUGUUAUUUAUAUUGCUAGCAAAUAAAAUGAUGCUUCAA